GUAAAAACUAGCCAGUCUUUUGGGUAUGAAACCCAUUUGCGCGAGAGUAGUACUAGGAUGGGUGACCUCCUGGGAAGUCCUCGUGAAAGGGUUUCAUAUCUAGCCUACCCCAACUUGUUUGGGAUCAAAGGCUUCGUAAGUAAGUACUGAGAUCUCGCGCCAGAUUAGUGAAGCCGGCCAAGCACUCGCACAACCUCAGGGCAGGGAUUCUGAGAAUGCCCUUAGAGAGUUUGUUAAGUGUAGCGCUACUCGGCUACGUUCCUUAGCUCAUCUUCUUGGUUGCCGUACUGUCGAGGCCGACAUGCCCACCCAGUCGAGGUCCACUUCUUCUGAAGAGGAGGCGGCCGCCGAGAUGACCCUGAGGGGGUUUAUGGAUGAUGCACCUCAGCCUAGUCAGCCUAUUGAGCGGCGUCACUUCAACUUAAAGCCUAGGAAGACCUUCAACCGUUAUACACCGGAGGCAUGGAACAAGAAACAAAAGAGGACCGUUGUUGAGUCCGAGAACGAGUUUGAGGACGAGGAGGAGCCGGCACCGAAGAAGGUUCUGAGGAGGUUGAAGAGGGUCGGGGUGGAGCCGGGGAUGAAGAAGGUUGUGAGGCAGGCGAGGGGGAAGAAGUAAUGUAUUUGUGAACUAUUGAAGUUGUCACUUUAGUUAGCUUCUAUUUGUAAACUUGUUGUAAUUGUGGACUUGAUGUGAACUUGUCGUAAUUGUAGACUUGCUGUGAAGUUUUCGUAACUGUGAAAUUCUUGUAAACUUAUCAACUUCCUGCCAAGCAUAGCGCCCGGUCAUGAAUCA